UUUCCACGCGCUUUCUUCGCGAUUCGCAAGAAGAAUUUUAUUUAUUUUCGAAGAAAUGGCCGGAAGUACGUGUGGUUUUGAGAUUAUUCUCACACCGGAUAAGGGAAAAUGCUUGAGGGCUACGCGAAAGUUCCGGAAAGGUGAGGCAAUCAUCGAGGAAUCUCCAUUGAUUUCCUGUCAAUUCCCCUGGAAUGCCUUCUAUGGGUAUCGUGCCUGUAGCCACUGUCUCAGACCCCUGGAGACAGCUGAAGAGUGUGCCAGACGCCUUGCAGAUGACCCGACAAUCACCCUGCCCUAUCCGGAACACUGUUCAAUCCUCAAAAGUCUCACGGCACAGGUGAAGUGCCCUGUAUGCGGCGUGGCGUACUGCAGUGAAAGUUGCCUGACGGAAGCAUUCCAGAAGUACCAUAAAACCCUCUGCAAGCUGAAGACACCCCUCCAGGGACUCCUGGAGAUGUGGCGCAAUAUGCACUACCCGCCGGAAACGUGCAGUAUCAUGCUGAUUGCAAAAAUCUUCGCCACAGUGCGCCAGGCAGGCAAUCCCACGGAGAUUCUCAGCAUUCUCCGGGAAUUUCAGAGUGAGGAUGUUUGCAAUAGGAUUUAUCACAAAAUUCUUGGGGAACAAUUCGUCGAGCAGCUCGCAACGCUCCAUGAGUACAUGAAGAGUAUCUUCAUUGAGCCAAUUUAUGCGGAAUUGCUGUCUCCGGAAAACUUCAAAGCCCUCUUCAUCCUUGUUGGGCGCAAUGGGCAGGGAAUCGGGACGAGUUCCUUUGCAGCGUGGCAGAAGAAUCUCGAGAAGGUGGACAUUGACGAUCGAGCGAGUCUGGAGAAUGACAUUGCAACGCUUUAUGAUAAAUUUGAGGAAUUUUCCGGAUCAUUCCUGGACGUGGAGGGAUCGGGAUUGUAUGUGGUGCAGAGUAAACUCAAUCACAGUUGCCUACCAAAUGCUGAGAUCAAGUUUCCCCACUCCAAUCACACCCUGAUGAUAUCUGCUGUGAAGGAUAUUGAGCCUGGUGAGGAGAUUUGCAUCUCAUACCUCAGUGAGUGCCUCCUCAAUCGUUCCCGGCACACCAGGCAUAAAUUCCUCAAGGAGAACUACCUGUUUGUGUGUCAAUGUGAACUGUGUACGAGUCAAAUUGCCGAUCCGGAUGUGACGAGUAGUGAGGAUGAGGAUGAGGAAGCAAUGGAGGCAGAUGAGCAGGAAACGUCAAAAGCUUCCAAUGCCAUGGAAACGUUGGAUAUCAACUGAGAAGAGCCGGACUGCAAUGCAAUAAAGAAAAGGACUCGUGAA